AGUGCCACUACAUCCCAGCUCCCUGAUUUUAGUUAUGAGGAUUUUGCGAGUGGUUCUGCCGGUUUGGAGCAGCAGCCCCCUGCAGAUAUGAGUGACGGAAGAUGGAGAAAACGUUUCCUCUACACACCUCAUGAAAAGAUAAUGCAGGCUGGAUAUGACCUACUUAGAAACGAGAUAGGACUAACAUUUAAACACGGAGAAGUUAUAUUUGAAACCUCUAGAGAUGGAUUUGGGAUAAAGCGAGCGUACACACUUCCUCCAGCCCCUUAUAACCCGAGCUUCAUUGACAAGUUCUCCAGAGAUGAUGACGAUCUCAGUAAAAAGGAGAAGACGGAAAAACAGCGAAUCGAUGAAUUUGAAGCUGAAGUUGAGUUAUUCAGGCAUCUUGAGACGUUGGAAGAUGUUUUUGUUUUGAACGGGUUUAAAUACACUCAUGAACAGUUUGACCUAUUUGUUUCUAGUCAUAGCAGUGAUGGGUGUAAGAAAAAACCUCAGGAAGAAGAGGGUGAAUGCGACUUUAUCGUAAUCGGUGGACAAUAUAUUGCCGUCUUCGAGGUCAAGUCACCAGAUAUAAAUAGUAGAAAUCCCGAGAAAAUGUUUUAUGAUCGUUACAAGGAAUCUCUUGUUCAAAGAAAUCGCACAGUCAGACUUAUUAAGGGUGUUUUCGACUAUCUUGGAUUGGAAAACCCUCCCACGGUAUUCUCAUUAAGUGUUUUUAACAGACUUUCUUGGAAAAAUGUAACUCAAUUCAAAAAGUUUCGACAAAUAGAUGAUCAUGAAACUCAAUGUAAUUUACUAUUCAAAGAAGAUUUCGAGCAUUUUGAUGAUUUUUGGACAAGAAUGUUAUUUAGUCGCAAAGUUGCCGCAAUUAGUGAACGAGGGAAAGAUAUGAUUGAAAAGUUUAAGAACAUACAGAAAAUUAUUCCUAUAUUGAUUGGUCUUUGGUGUACAAACAAUAAGAACGUUGGUGGAGAAAGCUUAGCCUCUUGCAUUCUGGAAAUCGACCACAAGUUAAAGACUGCGGCCAUCACUAGACAACCAAAAGGCCCAUUCAACAGAGAAAUCAAGGGAAGCUCCCCAUUAUUUAAGAAAUAUCUUGGAAUUGAAUGUCUGACACAAGAACAAUCAGACAUCUUUAAAUGCAAGCAGAAUUACUUAUGUAUAACAGGCGCUCCUGGAUCCGGCAAGUCAGUGCUGCUACAAGGAAAGAUGAUCGAGCUUGCAAAGCUGGUGGCUGGUGGUGGGAAGCCGGUGGUGGUUAUUAUCUUUGGACAGAGUGCUCUAAACCAAUACGAGAUGGUGUGCAAAAAUGCAGGGAUAAGAUAUAAAAGCAUUCACUUAACUCGUAAGGAAGAGGUUCCUGAGGUGAAUAGUUUUUCACCUGACCCUGCUGUUGUCAAACGUAAUUGGAAACUUACGUUUGCAAGGAUUAGAAAUUGUCUCUUCGAAAACGCUCGUGACGGAGAAUAUGAAGUUACCUUACUAUAUUCUACAACCGAAAAGUGCUUUCAAGAAAUAAAACUAUACAGUGAUUUGCUGAAAGUGCGAGUGUGUAAAUAUCUCUAUCAUCUGUUGGUUGAUGAUGCUCAGUUAUGUUUCUGUUACACUGUCAAGGAACAGACGAAAGAAUGUAUCGAAGAAUUUCUGGCUAUCCUGAAGAGAAGAAAUAGGACUGAUGAAGUUGUCGACAAACUUAUAACAUGGUUAAGUUUCGACAUAACUCAGUACUUUAACAACACAAUCAUACCAUUUGAUGUUCUCAGGCAUAUGGGCCCCACUCAUCCUCCUCCAGCUAUGCCAGAGAGAUUUGAACCUCAUCGCAGCACAAUCUUUCAUCUUCUGAUGAAUCACUUUAAAGGUUCUUUGGUUCACUUGUCAAAAAAUCUUAGAAACACUGUAGAAAUUUUUCAACUUUUGUAUUUUUUAAGACAAAAAAUUUGUGCAGGUUUGUUGAAAUCUGAUUAUGUUUUAGGAAACUCGUGUGGGCAUAAUAUACAUGGCAUUAAACCAACGAUUUAUGUCCUAAAAGGUGGUGUUCGUGAGCUCAAGAUUUGUUGUUAGCAUAUCACCCAAAGAAAAAGCUUGCUACUUUUUCUGAUGAUUUAAUUCAGUUUACAUUCGGUACGUAUUGCGAAGAGUUUGAUAUUCAUACUAGAAAUAUAUCAUGUAUUAUGGAUGAUAAGCGGGCUCACCGAGAGGGUCAUGUUAGUAAUGUUCCCUCUGCUGAAUGGCCUCUCUGCAUAACGCAUCUUUCUAUCGAAUAUAAAUCAUUUGAAGACUUUCUCUCAGAAUUUUACCUCCUCGUUAGUAGAGCCAGAGUAUAUUGUGAUAUAUUUGUUGGACCAAUGGUCCAAGAGGCACCUAUCUUUAGUAAAGUUGACAAUUUUCUGCGAGAACUUUUUAAGACUGGCUUGGUUCACUACUGUAAUGUUGACGACUUUUCCACAAAGGAAGCUGUGGCUUUUUGGAAGAGAUCUGUUUGCUUGCUUAGACCUUCUAGUUAAAACCAAGACCUUUGCUAAGAUAAGCGAAAUUCAUUUUACUGUGCUUUUAGUUACCUUUGAUAUCAGGUAACUGACACCUUAGCUGUCCUUAAAGUAUUACUUCAACAUUGUUAAGUUUUACUUCAGCUGUAAUUACCUGUAACCUUUAUUAAUUAUUCGAGUGGUAAAACGCAUGAUAUAUGAUGACUGAUGUUAUAACCAAUUUGUGUUAUUCAACAAAUCUUCAAUUCUAUGGAAACUUUCAAACAAAUCCCACUCUUAAAAAUGUAAAAUUCCUGAGGCUGCAGGUACGGUACGAGGUCCUGUUAACUUGACAUUUAGUGACUGAUUUAUUUUAAUUUACUGCAUUGUCAAUAUUAUGUUUUAUUUAUUCUUUUUGUAACAUUUGUUAUGCAAGCUUAGAAGUCUAAUUCACAUUUAAACUUUUAAACCUGUAAAUUAUUUUCAUUACUGUUUUAGAUUUUAAAAACUCUCCAUACCAGCAUUAAAACAUCUUUUAAUAAAUUCACAAUUAUUAUGAAUUUAUGCAAUCAGUUUUAAAUUUUAAAACCUAGGCUCCAUAAACCUACCCUUGAGUGUGUUUCUUAAAGGUUAACUAUUUUUAUAUUUUUAGUGUGCUAUUAUAUUGUUAUUGAAUGUUGAUUCUAUCUAAUAUUAUCUUA